CAGAUGCGAGCGAUGCUCGAUCAAUUGAUGGGAACUGGACGUAAUGGUGAGAAUAACAAAUUUCAAGUGAAAUACUCCGAUCCGAAGGUCUGCAAGAGCUUCCUCUUGGCCUGCUGUCCCCACGAGAUAUUAUCAUCCACUUUCUUAUUUCCAGAGGUGUCUGGAAAAACCAAUUCCAAUAGAGAAACCAUUCGAGAAUAAUGUCCUCUCUUAUGUCGUACUUGUCUCUCGCACACACGCGUUAACCUGUAAGUACUGAAAAAAAAAACAAAAAAAAAAACAAAACAAAAAACGAUAAAUUACGAAAACCGAGAGAUAAAAGGACGUACGUAUGUUACUUCACAUUUGACUUUAUUUGUUUUUAUUAUAAUCGUUUUUUGAAGUAUUUUUCAUGAAAUGAAAUCAGUUGGUAGAAGGCUUUAUCAGCCUUAUCCUUCUCAAAUUUCCCAGUGCCUUACAUAUAAGAGGAGUGGGGCAAAAUGGAUCGGCCGUAAAUUCUGGUUUUGAACAAUCAAAAAAUGCAAAAGGGAAUGUUAUCACUGAGCAAUUCAAUUUACUAUUUUUCCCAGGAAACAAAUUAUAAUUAUGACGACUUUCCAUGGACUUUGACAAAAAAAAAACAAACAUAAAAAAGUCUUUAUCAAAACUUUCCUUUGAAUCACAAAACAUCACAAACUAUAGAAUAUACUGAUGUCAGUUAUUUAAUGUGGUGUUAUCAUUUUUGAGCUCACAUGGGGCCAAACAAAAUUUUUCUUAAUGUCGCUCUAUAUCAAUUUUUUCUCGCCGUCCCAUUUUACCCCACCGUCCUUUACUUGUGAAGAAGAGAGAACAUUCUUCAGGGAAUAAAUUUAUACCGUAAUGACUAUCAGGGGCCUGAUAAUUAAUCACCGACGUUAUCAUCACCGAUAUUUUGCAUAUCCAAGAUGGAAAUGUCAGCAAAAAAUUCAGCAGUGAAGUUAAUGCUUUCAAUCACUCGAUUGUUUUAACAAUGAAUCUUUCUCGAUAAAAAUUUCACGUCGAGUUGUGUAGAGAGCGUCAACUACUCUCUAAAAUCACUCACUACUAAGAAAUAUAAUCCAAUGGCCAAGAGAAAAAAAAAUGAUAACAAAUUUGUGACGUUUUGAAUCUUCACUGCUGAAUUUAAUUCUCAAGGACAGUUAAUGUACCCAUCCAGUUACCCUGUAAUUUUUGUAAUCAUACGAAUUGACGUGGAGAGGUAUACCAGAGUUUAAAUAAAAAAUCACAAACAUUAAUAGCGCUUUGGUAAGUAGCGUGACUGUUUUGAUGCGAUAAUAAAUAAAACAUGAAAUUGAAGUUUAACGGCAGAAGGCUAUCACAAUAACGAAACAUUAAAAUCAACUUGGUUAUUAUUCGUGAGUAUAAACAAAGAAAUGAAAGAAAGAAAAUGAAUGCAUAGUUAGUCACACCCCGAAGGUACGCAGCCAUACGCAGAUAUUCUGUAAGUAAAGCACUCUGAAAAUGUCUUUCACUUUACAAGAGAUUGAAAGAAACUCUGUUAAUGAAUUAUGGAUAAUUAUCUCGCUGUGCAUGAUAAUCGCGAUUUUUCAAAUUAAUUGAAAUUCAGUAAUCAGUGAAAUAAUUUCUUCAACGGCAAAUUCAAGUGACUACGAAUAAAGAAAAUUGAAUAUUUGGAAUAUGACUGAUCGUCCAGGAUCGUGUGAAAAUUCAUCGCAGGAUGUACGUAUUACGAUUGAAAUAAAUUAAAAUUUACCAACUUGUCAUUCAACUGACUUAAUUGACCUAUUGAUACUCUAAAGAUAUUGAGAUCCAAUUGUCUUUGGCUAACUUAUUUAAUAGAAUAAUUAGGUUGUAAGUUAUUGCCAUAUGAAAUAUGAAAUAUAUUGUGACAAAGCCUUAAGGUGUGUAUGCUGAUUUGUAGCAUCAUUACCCAUCGCAUUCGCGCGUCAGGCGGACAGGUGUUGCCACUCUGUAAGUCAAAACCACCAGAAUAUUGUAUCUACCUAUAUAGAAAUAAAACCUUCCAUCGCCGAAGAUGAAAAAAAAAAGUAAUAAGAAUAUGAAGAAUCAUUCCAUCUGCAGAAGAGCCUUUCUCACAUUGAUUGAACAAAUUUGAGGGUGAAAUUAUGGGUGACUGAGUGAAUGGCUGGGUGAGUGGGAGUGUACGAAGUGAUAAUGAAUAAAUAAUUAUAAAAGGAUCAUGAAUUAAGAUUGAUUUUAUCGGAAUGAGGGGCAAGGAAUAUUCAUAUUUUAUCAGAAAGCUAAAUGACUUGCUCAGAAUCAACGUUAUUAAAUCUCUAUUUCAAUUGAUAUUGUCUAAUGUUCUUCUAUGAUUUGUCAAUCGCAGCGCAUGGACCUGGGAGAAUGCCCCCAGAUUCACGAUUUAGCCUUACGGGCUGACUAUGAGGCAGCACAGAAGAAGAAGGAUCACUUUUACGAUAUUGACGCAAUGGAACAUCUUCAAAAUUUCAUUGCGGACUGUGAUCGUCGUACAGAGCAGGCAAAGCAACGUCUAGCAGAAACUCAAGAGGAAUUGAGUGCAGAAGUUGCGGCUAAAGCGAACAGCGUUCACGUUCUUGCCGAGGAAAUUGGAAAGAAGUUAGCCAAAGCCGAGCAGCUUGGUGAAGAGGGCUUCGUUGAGGAAUCCAUGAAGCUCAUGGGUGAGAUUGAUGAGCUCCGAAAGCGUAAAAAUGAAGCCGAACAGGAGUAUCGAAACAGUAUGCCAGCUUCGAGUUAUCAGCAGCAGAAACUUCGGGUUUGUGAGGUGUGCAGCGCUUAUCUUGGCAUUCACGACAAUGACAGACGUCUGGCGGAUCAUUUCGGGGGGAAAUUGCAUUUGGGAUUUAUCAAGAUACGUGAGAAAUUAGCUGACUUGGAGAAGACUGUUGAGGAGAGACGUAGAGAGAAACGAGAGUCCAUGAUGGACAGGGACAGACACCGUGACAGGGAUGAUCGUGAUCGUCGAGACUCCAGGGAUAGAGGCCGUGGACUGGGGUACAGGGAGCGUGAGCGUGAUCGUGAUCGCGAUCGUGAUCGCAGGGAUCGAGACAGGAGACGCUCACGAUCACGCAGUCGCAGUCGUGGGAAGAGAUCAAGACGUUCACGCAGCAACAGCCGCAGUCGUCGUUCGCGCUCACGACGAAGUGGAUCAAACGAUCGUAAACGAUAAUUCACCCGGCCUUCCACAGGACGAGGUAAGACUUUUCGACAGCGACGAGACGUUACGAAGACCGAGACACAACUGUUUUGAGGAAACUGAAGAGAAACUUCAAACGCCCAGGCUCACCAUGCACGUGCAAAUGUAAUGUAAGCUCAUAGACCAUCAAAUUGUCCUCUUUUAUUUACCAUUAUUUUAAAUUCGUUAUUCCAUUCAAUUAGUCAUACUUGUACUUGUACUUGAAUGAAAAAUCCAAGACAUCGGAAUUUUAGCAGUCCACCGCUGCCACUUGCCACGCAUUGGUAAUGAAUCAUUCUACUUUUUUUUUAUCCACUAUUUUCGUAUUUAAAUAUUUCAAUUUCAAAAUCAGUGUUUAAUCUUCAAUUGAUUUAUAACUGAUCACAUUUAUUGAAUAAAUUCAAGUUCACUGUUUUGUUCAACAAGUCUCGGGUUAUUUUGUCUUUCAUGUAAAUAAAUUCUCCUCAAUCAUUUCUUUUUUCUUUUUUUUUUGAGCAACCCGACAACAAUCGAUCAUAAAUCAUUCGACAAUUUCCCAUAUCUUAUGGAUAAUCUUCUUUUUGUUUGCUUUUUUAUAGUUAAUUAUAUUAGCUCUAGCCCAAUGUCUGUUAUUGUGUAAACUUUCAUCAUCGAUGAAUUAAUUAAUAAAGGCAUUCCAUAACAAACAAUAUAAA